AUGGGAUUCCCCCAAUGCCGCCAAAAAGCCAGAUCCAGCUCCCGCAGCGCAAAAUCGGAGGAGGAAUUGCUCGUCAUCAUCCCUGCUGACACUCUCCAGCACCCGGCAGGGAUGGGCGAUCUAGCACACCAUUGGGCCGCAAUGACACCAGAGGCCCAAGGAGACGGCAACCCAACAUUCGCUCACAUUCGCCCACAUUCCGCAUUUUUUCAUGGCUGCUGUUCUUGGCGGGCUGGCUGGCUGGCUGGCAAAGAAUGCGCUCUCCAGCGCCACGAUUCGCAGGGGGCCUCCCAGAAAAAACAUUGUCUUUCCGACUCUCCUGUAGUUGAGGGAGUGCGGGGGGUGAGAUCAUAUGCGACAGCCGUUACAGAAAAAAAGGCCGCGCUUAUUGAUAUCCAAUGUCGAUGGGUUCGCCGUUGCCUGCAUUCAGCGAUCUAUCUAUCGCACCACACCCAUCAAGAUACUAUCCAACGCGUAAAGCCUAGGGUAAGGAUGACCCAGGGGCAAGACUUUAGAAAUGGAGUCCCCCAGACAUGCCCUGAGCGCAUUCUUGGAGACCUAUUUGAUAUGUAG